CCCUCAAUGAGUCAUUCAUCUACAUGCAGUGCUGCGAGCGAUAAUUACCGUAGUUAAUUCGUUGCCGUUGAACUUUGUUCACAGAAAUAGAAUAAUAUUCGUGUUAUAGAUUGUGUAGCUAGUUCAAUUAUUGUCGAGUUCCAUUUUUUAGCAUACAUAUUAUUUAUUCAUUUUGCUUCUGUUUCGCAGUAUUCUUCAAAAUGUCUCUGUAUCCAUCAUUCGAUCAGUUGAAAAUCAGCGAUGACCAUAUUCUUCAAAAACCCAUCGAACCAGUAGUUUCAAAGACUCAAUCAACGGAAACAGCAGUAGCCCCUUUCAGCAAACAGAAUGGAUCUUUAUAUCCUGUACUGUCGGAAUACAUGGGUUUGGACAUCUCCGAUACUUUGCCCAAAGACUCCAAUGCGCUUGUCAAGCCUUCUAUGAACCUGAAAACUAUUGAAGUAGCUGCGGUACCGGGCCAGGUUACUCAUGGCUUACGUCGGCUCACAUUGUGCAAAGAUGCUAAAGGUCGUGUUGGCUUACUCGUAUCGGCCAUCAACAACGGUAUCUUCGUAUGCUUUGUAUUGAAAGAUUCUCCAGCUGCAAUGGGUGGCUUACGCUUUGGAGAUCAAAUUUUACAAAUCAACGAUACAUUAUUGGCCGGCUAUACUGCCGAUAAAGUACACAGUUUGAUCAAGAAAUGCUCGGUGAAUAAUAUCAAUUUUAUCGUUAGAGACAGGCCCUUCGAGCGUACAGUUACAAUGCAAAAGGAUAGCUUUGGACGUCUGGGAUUCGAGUAUAAAAAAGGCAAAAUCACCGCAUUGGUGAAAGAUUCAUCCGCCGCUAGAAAUGGACUGGUUACUGAUCAUAAUCUUUUGGAAAUUCAAGGGCAAAACGUAAUUGGCAUGACUGAUAAAGAAAUGUCCAAAAUAAUAGAAACAGGCGGACAAGUUGUCACUGUUACAAUUAUUCCAUCGAACGUUUACGAUCAAAUGAUGAAAAAAAUGCGAGAAGACUAUGUAAAAGCGAAAAUGGACCAUUCGGCUCAUGCCUAAGGAUAGUUAUUGAUCAUGACCCGGUGUAUCAAGCCAUCGAAUAUAGACUAGCUUGACUUAAUACGUUCCCACUUACGUUUAUACUUUCCCAUUUUUCAACUCAUAUCGUUAUAUUUUUUUAUUACUUAUUUCUGUUGUGAAAUUGUGCUUCUUUAGUGUAUAAGUUUACUAUUGAUUACUUAUUCGUUUUAUUCUUCCAAAAAUACUGAAUUUCCAUUUUUACUCGAGGAGAAUUAGUUUGGAGUUUCAAAAUGCUAUGUAUAUCUUGUCAAUUUUUUUCUCAAUUUAUUAUCUUUUAAGUUUUAGUUCCAAUGAUAUUAUUUUGUUCGCCUAUUCAAUAGGUAGGAAACUCGAAACAUUGCCAUAAUUUUAGGCGAUAUUUUAAAAAUAAUUAUUAUAUUUUUAUUACCGAUAUUUAGAAUAGUGCUUUCAUAUAUUUUUGUAUUGAUUUUUUUUCUCAUUUUUUUGUUUUGUUUUUUUUUCAAUUUUUGGUGAGCUAUUCGUUUGAAUUUUCUACUUUCAUUUUAGUAAUUAUUUUUUACCUUUAUAUUUUCCUUUUUUUUUUUUUUUAUAAUAAUACAUUA